CAUAGGCGGUGCACAUGAGAGAGCGAGACAGCCGUCUAGGCGACAGCGCACUUUGGUCUGGCACAGAAAAGAGUAGAGUACAGCUUCGAUACACGUCGUUUUGCCAAAAGCGUAGCAGGGCAGUAAAAGCAAUGAAAAAAAUAAAUGAGGAAAAGAAUCCGUGAAGCUAGAACCGUACCGUAAUUCCCCCAGUGCGAGUCACGCCAUUGUGUAAGCAAAAGUUUUUACCAAUUGUGCGACAUUUUUCGCGGAACGGCCGAAUAGAUUAGCAUCGAGAUACCCUAGGAGUCGCGCGGACCAAAUGCCGCAAAAGCCGGUCGACGCAUUAGCAUCAGAACGAUGGCCCCAGCGCUCACAGCCGAGCCACUAAGUCCAAAGGAGAAGCUAACCAGCACAGCCUCGCCCUCGGCCCGCAGCUCCUCGGAAAGCGGAGGAGUUGGAGGAGCGAUCGGAGGGGCCAAAAAGCCGGCAACUCCCACGCCGGCUACGGCCACCACAAGAGUCACACGCUCAUCAACCGCGGCGGCCUCUGUAGCCGUUCCGUCGCAGCAGCGAUCAUCACCAGCAAUCAAUAACAAAAGGAGGUCCGGCGUCAUUAAAGCCAAUAAUGAUCCAAUGGGUUUGAGCACAGCCCCCACUCCGCACAGCAGCGGUACGCCGAAUCCCACGACGGAUGCACCGGUGGCUUCCACUUCAACCGUGGAGCACAACAACAACAGCAGCAGCACAUCCACCUGCCACAGCUCCACUCCCAAGGACAAUUCCACGGCCCAACUGCUGGCGGACCUGACCAUCAACUUGGAGGAUACCAUCUCCGCGGAGAUAUGCCUGAGGAAAACCUUGCCCGAUGUGAGUCUGGGCAAGGAACUGGCCACUCCUUCCUCGGUAAUGGCCGUGGCUACCAGCUCUGCAAAUUCUGGGAGCGGUUUACCGGGAGAUACACCGAUAUCUUCAGCGGAGGAGACUAAGAUAGAAACAGAUAACAUAGAGGAGCGUCUCAGCCAACUGGAUGGCAAUGCCAGUGUAGUGGCCGAGGAGAAUCCUGUGGCACCUCCUGUUCCACCACCGGUACAGGAGACGCCAAGCACGCCCAGCAAGCCACAGCAGCAGUCACUCAAUGCUCAGCUGGAUUCCCCGCAGUCGACGAGAACCCAGCAGCAGCCUCUUCAACAGAUGACACCGCAAAGCACCUCUAGUUCUAUUAAUUUCCUUAAAUUCGGAAAUGCCGGCCCUGGGCUAGAUGAUCCGGACAUUGAGGAGGUGCUUAAGGCUUUGAAGACAUUUGAUGGCGGCCAUGUCAAUCCCGAUGCCAUCUGUGAGUUCUUCGACGAAGUAUGGGAAGAGGCGCCACCGUCAGCGCCUCUGCCAGCAGCUGCUCUUGAAAAUGUGAUUGAGAUGCCGGACGUGAAGCCAGGUUGCACUGGCCACAGCGACAUCCUGGCCAGUGGCAAUAGCAACAUUUCCCAGUCGAAUGUGAUUGUCAAGCAUGAGCAGAAACCCUGGCAGGAAGUUCAUGAUGAGCUGGAGAAGGUUCAACACUUGAUAGCGCGCAGAAUCGACUAUAUGCUACGUAGGUUGCGUAAGCAACAAGCGCGUGCCAUGUGCCGCCACACCAGCGAAGAGGUGGCUGGCAUUUUAGAGUGGUCUGCCCGCAGUUCCCAUAAGGCUCCCAUUCCGGCAAGAAGUGCCACCCUGUCCGAACAGGAAGCCACCGUCCUAUCGAUCGUAUCCGGACGUCCAGGCAUUAACUUCUGGGAGGAGCAGAACAAACACCCAUUGCCUGCUAGCCAGAUGAGCAAUGUUAUUCGGCAUAUAGCAACGGCGGCCCGACAACAGCAAAUCUGCCACACGGCCACCGGAAGCUCGGCUACCAUUGCGCCUUCCUCCAGUUGGUACAACAGCUCCAAUAGCUCAGUGCUGCCCACUAAGCGUCCGCGAAAGAAUCAAUUUGAUCCUACGAUGGCAACGGGAACCACAGCUUCUUCGUCAGCAGGUGGAGCGUCUGGACUGGCAGCAGGCACGACGGGAUCCACAACGGAGACAAACACACCGCGUGCGGAUGACAUUGUGCCCAAUUACGACACCUAUGUGACAAGUGAACUCACCCAUGUGGCCGGUUUGCUACACACAGAGCUGCGAGAAGUCCAGAACGCCAUUGAUUCGGAUGCUACGGAGUCAAGUUCUGGUGGAGAGUCUGCUGACGAGAUGGUAACCUAUAACAACACCCAGCAGCAAUCGCUAUCCAUUACUCGUCGCGCUGUUUGGCGAUACUCGAGAGAUCGGGCACAAAUAGCCUUGCGCUGGUCGUGGCUCUGCUCGCAGUUGACCGACCUGGAGAUGAAGAUCCGACAGCACAGUGAUCUCUUUAUGGAGUUAACACAGUCCAAGGGCGAAGUUCAGCUAGAGGCCACAGCCAAGACUUCACCAUCGCUGCCACCGCCUGCAAAUGGUAACAAAGAGGAGCCAUCAUCCGAUUAUCUCUGCAGUCGAGCCCGACCAUUGGUGCUGUCCGAGUUCCGAAAGCGUAAACUCUUCCAGACCACGAAUAUGCACACGAUUUCCAAAAAGGCUGCGCGUCCCAGCAACAUCAAGUGUGGCUGCCAAUGGCCGCAGGUGCCAUGCACCUUGUGCACGGGCCGAACAGAUCCCACAGCGCCUCGGGAUCUCGUCGAGACGAUGAUGCCGGCCAACCGAGUUGCACUGCUCGAUGCUGGCUACCAUCCCGUGCUAAGUUUCACCAGGGAUGUUAGCCAGUCUGUGCACUUGGAGGCUGUUGCCCGACAGACGGACUGGCAGUAUCGCGUCAUGCGCAGCCAAGCCAAGGCCAUUAUCAAGGCUAUGUGGAAGGCGGAACGCGAGACGCUAGCCGCUGGUGGAAUUGGCGGACAGGCGGGCAACCGACGGCCGGGUGAUGCGGUCAAGCGGCGUUAUAUACGGCGCAAGGAGCGAAACAACAACUCAAAUAAGGAGGCUGGCAGCGGAGCCAAAGCAGCUGCUGCAGGAGGAUCAUCAGGUGGAAGCGGAGGCGUCGGGGGAGGGGAUAGCGGAAACGGUACUGGUACUGCUACUACUUCUUCUUCUACUACGCCUACUACAACGCCACUUGUGGCCAACACAGCGGCCAAGGGCAAGAGGCAACCACAACCACAGCACCCAAUUGGAGCGAACAAUUCCAGCUCGCUGUGGCCAGACUCUCGCCAACGCCAACAACAACGCCACCACAGUCCCUCCUCAACCUCGAUCUCGACACACAGCGGCGCUAAGAAGUCACGAAAAUCCACAAACAGCAGCAGCAAUUCCACACAGCAGCAGCAUCCACACGGCAGCAACAUUAACAACCAUCAACUCAACGGCUACGGGGAUCAGUGGGGGGAGCAAAGCAGGAGUCGCCGCAACUCCUCACCCACCCACAGCCAUCGAAACGAGAGAACCUCGGAGCGUCGCGUUCGUCCCAUCUACGACAUCAAUAACAUUGUAAUACCCUACAGCAUGUUAGCACAGUCGAAAAUGGAAAUCCUUCCCUACAAGGAAAUACCCAUACCCAAGUGGCGCAUUGUGGACAGUGAUAAUGAUAAGGCAAAACAUUCGUCGGAUGAGUCAGCGGAGUGUAAACUUAGCAAUGGCAGUGCCGCAUCAACGUCAGAGGAGGUACCUAAACCCCAACCGCCUUCACAACAACUAGAGCAACCCCAAGAGCAGCCUCCAAAGGUUAAUGGUUUAAGAGAGAAGCAAGCAGUCAAGCACAAUAACAAUAAUAAUACAAACAACAAUAAUAAUAAAAAUGGACUGGUAAACGGUAACGCAAAAAAGGAUGAAACUAAGGCUGUAGAAAUUCUCAAUACGGAAAAGAAGGAAAAGGAGCCGAAGGAAAAGGGGAUCAAACCCAAGCUCAACGGGAAUUUGUCUAAAAAUCUAAAUGACAAAACUGCCGAAAAGCCGGAGGACACAGCUCAGCCAACCACGGAUCCACCACUUUCCAAGCGGCCUAAGCUAGAAACCCAAGUCGACGAAAUCACAAAGUCCGCUGUUAAUGGACAGGUCGUUCAGCUGCUGCCACCAGAAGCCCGGGAUAAUGAGGAAGAGGAAGAGCAUGGCGAAGAAGAUCUCUCGGAUGAGGCGUUCAUUUUGCGACAUCAACGUGCUCUUCUCGAGGAGCGUCGCCGCUUCGAGACCUUCCUCAAGUUUCCCUGGAGCACCAGAUCCCGUGCGAAUAGACGUAUCGACAGUCGUGCGGAAUCGAGUGGCGCCAACACACCGGAUCCCGCCUCACCAGCUCCUCACCUAGGGGGUAUUGGACACGACAACGAAAGCAUUCCCUCGCCGUUGGCUCAUCCACUAGAUGGGUUCAACGACAGCGGCGAGCUGCUGGUGGGCGGACAUGCACGACAAGCCCGUCGUCGGACUACAUCCAGCAAGCUCAAGGAGCAGGUUGAACGCCGCAGUACCACGCCCGAUUUGCGGGAGAAUUAUGUGGUGCUGCCGUCGCCUUUUGAGCCUUUGAACUUUCCGCUCUCCGACGAGGUCUACCAGCGAAUGUUGGCCGAAACCUACGCGACUCCGAGAUCGAUGUCCGGCUCAAAGCGUGCUAAGAGCAAGUCAAUAUCUUCGAACUGUGAUGGAAAUAGCUCUACUGGAGGUAGCAGCAGUCGCCGUAGCAGCAAGUCUAAGAUCAAGCUGAAUGGUCAGUUAAAUGGCCAGAUCAAUGGCCAUCCUGCAGCAGCGAAGACAAAAGGAACCGAUGGCGUAAGAGAAGAAGUGAUUUCCGAGCCAGAGGAGGAGAAUAUACUGCUGGAGGAAGAGGACGAUGAUUAUCCCAAGCAUCAUCUGGCGCCGCUGGACGAUGAGGAGCAGUCGACCCCGGAUGGCGAACAGGAUAUGUACGAUGCUGCGAUCGAUGCCUAUCUGGGUGAUCCAGAUGCGCUUGAGGAGGAUAUGGCCGAUGAUCCUUUUGAGGACGACGAUCCCAAUGAUCCGGAGUGGAAGACCCGGACGGAUGGCGUUCGCAGCAGACGUAUCUAAGACCAAAACCCAAAGCAAAUAACUUUCGUUUUCGUGAUUUUAAGUCUUUUUAAACGAUUUGUCAAUUUUAAGCCCCAUAACACAACAACACAAAUCAGCCGGAGCAGAGCAAAAAUUUUAAUUUGUUUUAAACGGAUUGGUUUGCACUCACAAAACAGCAUUGCAUACGCUAAGCAAUCGUCUAAGUUAUUUAGUUCUACGAGACCACAAGAAAAAAAAAACACAGAUAAGCAAAACUCAAAAAUACACAACAAACGAAGCAGAAGCGAAACUCUUGAAAUAAUCAAUGUAAAUAUAAAAGCUAAAAACAUAGAGCUAAGCAGUUACUGAUAAUGUAAACUAAUCGGCGGUCGUCAACGUGCUCACCAAGCUGUGCCAGCGUGGUGGGUGCGUUCGGUUUGAAAAGUGGUCAGCGGUCGGCGAUUAAACAGAAACAACAAACCCACUUGGGCUUCAAGCCAAAGUGUGCUAUUGAUAAAAUAUUAAGCUAAUCUUAAUAUAAAUAUAAAUAUAUAUAAACAAGAAAACACACAUUUAAAUAUACUAUAUGCAUACAUAAAGAUGUAAAUGCCAAGAGAGCAGUUAGCAGAAGAUUUGAAAUGUAUUCGCACCUGCACACAAAUGAUAUAACAACUAAACAAAACCAAGCGAUUAUCUGUAAAUUGAACAAGCUUACCCCUUAGCCUUUAGCCUAACAAAUAUUCAGCUGGCUCUAGGCUUGUAUUUCUUAUAUUUUAAAAAGUUUAUCAACUGUAAAUGUAUAAAGAGAGAGAGAGAGAGAGGAAUUUUAAGGCGGUAUGUGAAAAACGAUCGAUUGAUAAAUGUAUGUAUAUGUAUUUUAGUUGCUUAGGCGUUUUCAUUUCUACCUUUAAAGUUAGUGGCUAAUUGUAGCAAUUAAAAACUUAAAAAAAAAAACAAACAAAAACAAAAACCAUAAGCAAACCUAGUGCGGCUAUGCCCGUAGAAAUGUUUAUUCUAACUUCGUUUUUUACUAUCUACUGCGUAUGUUUCACCGCAAAGCUAGAAUCCAGAUUCAUUCGUUAAAACUUGAAAAGAAAUACAACAGAAAUGUGAAGAUUAACUAAGGACCGCAAAAAUACAGAAUUAUAUAUUCUUAAAAAUGA